GUGUGUGUGUGUGUGUGCCAUUUAAUAGGGAUUCUUAAAUAUUCACAUAUUUUACAUUUAUGGUGACAGUGAGGUGGAUGCGUUUAGGGGUGGAGUGCCUCCUCCUCCAGCUGAAGAGGCAGAAAUUCUUCAAAGCUCUCACACUGACUUGAGUUUCACAGCAAGUGCACACUCUGAAAAAAAGACGCAGCAGAGCACUCGUUUCGUCAACAACCACUUCAUCCGGGAGAAAGGACGAAACACUCGCUCCGCCACGUGACCUCCCUUGAAUUUCAUGAUAAGUUUAAUUUGAUCCUUUUUGUUAAUUUGAUUUUCUUCGUCGUAAAGCAGGACUUGUAAUCAAGUGUCGCGCAGUCGUCCGGUGGAUUUGCCAGGAAUAAUUCAUCCUCGUUUCCUGAUUCUUUCUAGUUUUUCAUCUGAAGUCUGAAUCCGAGCGAGACUAUAUAUAGUCCAAGGAAGACAUCGCAUUGACCUCCAGCAAGAAACCAGCAACUCUUGUUCACCGACGACGAGAAGGACCUUUGGUUUAAACCACAGCCCGUUUUAUUCGCUCAUCAAAUAAACAUCGAAAGGGAUAUUUUUUUUUUCGGAAUCGAGUCUGUUCAUCUUCACCUAUUUAAAAAGGUUUCCGAGGCAGUCCCUUAACUAUGGAAUUUCAGAACUACUGAGGGCACUUUCACAAAAGGAGGGAAGAGGGGCCAGCAUUGCGAACAAAAGGAAAGGAUUGAGCUUUUCAAAAGAGGAUCAGUUCUUUUGGACUCAGUGGGGUGCAUGCUGCCCCCUCAACUGGACGUUCUCUUGUGCGAGUGAUUGAAAAUAAAAGCAGGCAUGCGCAAUAAACUGAGAGAGUUCCGGGACGUGGGAUGCCCCAUGCUGGGGCACAGGACUCUUGUGGUGCUGCUGGCCAUAAUUGUGCUGUUGGUACCGGAAAUGCAGGCAUCCUGGAACCAGAAUCCAAUGGAUGUUCCAGGGGACGUAGGACAACUUGAGGCAUCUAUGCAGUCGGCGGUUCUGUCAGACCUCCUUGAGUCUGAAGCAGCGGCUGCAGCAAUGUCACAGCACAAUGGCUUGCCGGAUUCCUCGGCAGUGGUUGGCAGGGUGUUCCAAACGCGGGUGCCCACCAAAGCCAAGGACUCCAAGAGCAUAGUAAAGAUCACAGAAGCAAGCAAAGAUGCUCUCCCAGCAUGGUUGCAUUGGGAUCCGGAGAGCGGCACACUUCAAGGCCUUCCUUUAGAGACCGAUAAGGGUGUUCACUACAUAUCCGUUUCUGUUUCCAAUGAGAGUCAAGUCUCACAAAGCCCAGAUGUGUUCUCCAUUGAGGUGCACCCAGAGGAGCAUGCUGAUAUGGACCCAUUUCAACUUGCAGUCCAAUCAGCCAGCAAUUAUGUCCAACCUUUUAUCUGUGGCAUUGAGGAUCCUGUAACAGUACUCACGGUUAUACUGGAUGCUGACCUCACAAAGAUGAGUUCCAAGCAGAGAGUGGAGCUACUUGUGAACAUGAAAAAGUUCUCUGGAAUGCGACUUCAGCACAUGAAGAUUUUGCCUGUGGUAAACAACCGUUUAUUCGACAUGUCUGCUUUCAUGGCAGGACCGGGCAAUGCCAAAAAAGUGGUUGAAAAUGGUGCCCUUUUGUCCUGGAAACUUGGCUGCAGUCUCGAUCAAAGCAGCAUUCCUGAUAUCAGUAGUGUUCAGGUCCCAGCAAAAGAGGGGACCAUGUCUGCACAGUUAGGAUAUCCAGUGGUUGGAUGGCACAUUGCUAACAAGAAGCCCCAUUUGCCCAAAAGGGUGCGAAGGCAGCUUAACAACACCCCCACACCCAUUCCUUCAUUACUCCCCCCAACAUCUUACCCUGAGCCCCCCAUCCGUAUUGUUCCCACACCAACCUCACCUUCUAUAGCUCCUACCUCAGAUAGUUCUGCCCCACCUGUUCGUGGUCCUGUGCCACUACCUGUGAAACCCACCAUUCGAACACAAAAUCCAAUUGCCUACACUCCAACCUUAGGCCCACCUCAGCCUACGAGAAUAAUGGAAACCACCAGCACUAUUGCCAUCCAGCCCACUAUUACCAGGCCCGUUUAUGUUGGGCCCUCUGUGACCCCAGCAACACCCACCACCAGAAAACCAACUAAGAGACCUGGAAAGAAACAAAAGACAACCCCUAUACCAAGAGAACCGAAGACCACUACAACCAAGCCACCAAGACGCACCACACCCUCAGUUGUCCUCCCCGAUGGCAAUAGUAAACCCCAGUUGCGUAACCCAGUUGAUCAGGUGAAUGCAUAUGUUGGGACAUACUUUGAGGUGAAGGUUCCAUCGGAUACGUUUUUUGACAAAGAGGAUGGCACUACAGAUAAGUUGAGGCUAACUCUUCGAAAGGGCAAUGAUGUUGUUGCGGAUGAUUCUUGGAUACAGUUCAAUAGUACAAGCCAGUUACUCUAUGGAUUACCAGACAAGGAACAUGAAGGAAAACAUGAGUAUUUCAUGCAGGCAACUGACAAAGGAGGUCUCUAUGCAAUUGAUGCAUUUGAGGUCCGUGUUAAUCGCUGGGGAAACAACGUUAAGGCACCAGUGCUUUUUACAGUCGUAUUUGAUGGGGAUGCACGUACAGUGACUAAUGACAUUCACAAGAAGAUCCUUCUUGUCAAGAAACUGGCCCAAUCAUUUGGUGAUCGUAACAGCAGCACUGUUACGCUUAAGAACAUCCUCAAGGGCUCCAUCAUAGUGGAAUGGACUAACAACAGCCUUCAGCAAAGCCCCUGUCCGAAAGAACAAAUACAGCAUUUAAGCAAAAGGAUCUCUGAUCAUGAGGGUAGACCCUCUUCACAGUUCAGAUAUGUCAUGGAACCAGACUUCAAGCCCUCAAAUGUCACAGUCAAAGGCACAGGAACAUGCCGUAACUACAUGUUUGUCCCGGUUGGUGAGAUUUCAGAUGCAACCGUUUCACCUGUUACUCCAGCCGUGGGUGCCGGAAGACAGAGCACAGAUGAUGUGUACCUUCACACAGUCAUACCUGCUGUGGUUGUGGCAGCUAUUUUGCUGAUAGCAGGAAUAAUUGCAAUGAUCUGCUACCGCAAAAAACGCAAGGGUAAGCUGACUAUCGAAGACCAGGCAACUUUCAUUAAGAAAGGAGUCCCCAUUAUUUUUGCGGAUGAGCUUGAUGACUCCAAGCCACCCCCUUCUUCCAGCAUGCCCCUUAUCCUUCAGGAGGAAAAACCUCCUCUUCCACCUCCAGAGUAUCCCAACAUGGCUAGUCCAGAGACAACACCUCUUAACCAGGAUCUUUUGGGAGAGUACACACCUCUACAUGACGAGGAUCCUAAUGCCCCUCCUUACCAUCCUCCACCACCCUUCACUGUCCCAAUGGAUGGUAAAGGAUCCCGCCCUAAGAACAUGACCCCCUACAGAUCCCCACCCCCUUAUGUGCCACCCUAAUGUUUGCAGAACCCUCCAGAGCAGGAGGAUCAGAAACUUUCAUAGUUCCGCACCAAUAUUGUCUCUUUGCAUUACUGGAUUUUUAGAAGUGGGACACUGCAGAAUGGGGUUUGGGGUUUGAAUGUGAUGGGAUGUUUUUGUUAAACAUGACACUUUAAUAAGUGAUUGGGGGGUUGGGGGUGGAAGUGGAUAGCCUGCAAUGGACAGAAAUAACAACCUCAGCCUCUGACUACUCUGGUUAUUGCUAAACUGCUGGGUAUGUACUGCUGGGCACAUUUGUGUCUAGAUGGGCUUUUCGACUAAUUGUUGUUUUAUUUAAUCUUUUUGUUGUUUUGUUUUUAUAUAUAUAUAUAUAUAUAUAUAUAUAUAUAUAUAUAUAUAAACAAUUUUUUUUUUUUUCAGACUCAAAAUCAAACUUGUUGCCUAACAGCACUCUUUCUAUCUUCUGAAUUCAUUAAUCUUGAAUAAUAUAAGUGGACAAUAAAGCUGACUGUGGGUGCAAAAGGUUUCAUAGAGAAAUUCAAUAACAGAGGUGGAAUAAAAGAAUGGCCUUGAGAGACUUGGGCAGCCAUGCAAAUAGUUUUGUGGGAUGUCGAUUCAUUAUGGUUUUGCCUUUUAACAUGAAAGUAAACUCUUUUUGUUUUUAUUCUUCUUCACAUGUCUAGUUAAAAUCAGUACAUAAAGAGGUAGCCAAAAUUAAAGAUUUGUUUAAUCCACUGUAUAUUUAAAAGUGUGUUAUGCUAGAUCAACUUCAUUAAUUUUUAUUAUAAAUAUAUAUUUUUUACUUUUAAGUAUUACACUGAAACAAACUCUAUUUUCCACCCCUCAAUCAUGAAAAUAAAAAUAUUUACUCUCCGCAAACAUAUAGAGUGUGUUCUGACUUGAGAUAUUCACUACAUUUACAUACACAUGACUUGAGAGCUCGCCAGCCACAUAAAACAUUUUUAGAAAGAGGUAAUCUCUUGAGGGUGUCAUCUAUGCAGAUUCUGCCUUUGACCUGACUGGCUGGAGUCUGAUAUUGAUCAUCAAACCUAAUCAUAUUUCCCAAAGGCUAAGAAAUCUUUCAAUUUAAUUAGAUUUACAAGUUGAUGGGGUCAUAGAAUCCUUAACAAUUCCUCAAGUCAGAACCACAUACUGUUUCACCAGUUUAAAAGUAUGCCACUGAUAGUCACAGACAAAUUGCUCAAUUUCAAAGACUUGAUUUGAGCAGAACAAGCUCGACUUUCAGGCAAUUUGUAGUAUGUUUUGAUUUCUUUAAUUUGUUAUUUUUUCAAUACACGUACAUCAGUGAUGAUUAUGGAGUACAUGCCUUGGAUCCACUCAAAAUAAUUAAAAAUAAACUGAAGAUUUUGAUAAUGGUGACCCAUUCUCUACACAAUGUUAUGUCAUAACUACAUAUUUGCAGUUGAAUACCAUAUUUUGCCUUGGUGGUAUUGCAGCAAGUGUCUUCUGUAUAUAUUAUUCUGCCUGUGGAAAUAUCUGUAUUUAUAGUCCAAAAGUGUGUAAAUCAGAUAUGGUGAGGAAAAAAAAAAUUCUUACCAUUUGUUUUAGAUGAGGGAGGAUUAUUUUUUAUAUAGUUAUGGUUAUUCAAAUAAAAAUAAAAAAUAAAAAAAAGAUUUGGGGAAAGAUCUGCUCGAGACAGUGGGUUAAAACUAAGAACUGGUUUCAUUUACAAAAUCUAGAAAUAAAAAAGAUUGAUGAAUCAUGAUCUAAUUUUUUACAAAGUUUUUGAUACAGCCUCAAAUUGUUUAAUUAAGAACAGUAAAUAUAUAGUGUACUGCAAUUUGUAAAACCUUGUUCUUGGUAAUCAAUUCAUUAUAAAGCUUUUCCUCAUGGAUCUUUUUUCUUAGAUGGGUUUCUUUAAGUUUGCUUUAAACUUAUUUUACAAAGGCGGCUAGUGCUGUCAGGAAAAAGUUGCUUCUUGUAAUAGUUUUUUUUCUGAUUUGUGUUUUAUGCUCAUCUGUUCUAUGUUUUGAGUUUUAAAUUCAGAAGUGACAUUUGCAAUAAUAAAGGUGUGGCGUAGUGA